CGCUCGCGGUCUCUGCAUAGCGGUCGAGUCAAAGCCGCCCGUGUACACCACCCACCUUACACUUCACCCAACCAACCAAAAAUGCAGUGCGUGUCCCGCGUCGCCCAGCGCUCGGCUGUGAGCCGCCCCCGCGUGGCCUCGCGCCAGGCGGUGAAGGUCCAGGCUGUGAAGGCCGAGUCCAAGGCCGCCAUGGCUGCCGUGGCUGCUGGUGCCUCGACCCUGGCUCUGGCCCUGGCCCCCGCUGCCCAGGCUGCCCAGGAGGUGGCCAUGCUGGCUGAGGGCGAGCCUGCCAUCGUCCAGAUCGGCUGGGCCGCUACCUGCGUGAUGUUCUCGUUCUCCCUGUCCCUGGUGGUCUGGGGCCGCUCUGGCCUGUAAAUUGCUCGCUUGCGGGCAACUGGGCCGCUGCUAGAGAGCCGUGAUGAUGGACAUCAGUCGUCGUCGCCUAACUCCAGCUGGGCUCAUAGGGCUGUGGAGAGCCUGAUGACCCGCGGUCGUCGGGCGACUUCAACCACUCGGCGCAGUGGGACCCUUUGCAGUGCGCGAGGGCUCUGCGGGCGCCUCAAUUUUGGGCGUUGCUUCGAAGGCGGGAGAGGAGGCUUCUGACACGCGGCGUGGCCCGUUGGCACGUCUGGCGCUGAGGACGGCUGUGUGGCAGAGUCUCCAACACCAAUUUUUUGCGUUGGAGACUAGUCCGGAGUUAUGCGAGGGAGAUAUGCAGCCGGGGGGGCCAGCGCGCCGUGUGCGUGGUGGCCCCAUGGGUGCAACAGGCGUGUGCACGAGGGGUUUUCUCGUGUGAGGCACAGGCGCCCGUUGUUCAUCCGCCGCGGCCGUUGCUGCGCGUGCAGACUCGCACAGCGCACCUGCGCCCGCUCCAUGGCGUGAUCAUGCAUAGUCGGAGGAUUAGCACCAAGUGCUCGGGCGGGCGUUUGCUGUCUUGGAGUAGUCAUGGUGAUGGUGUGGACGCGUGGCGAGUCUGUGUGCGAGCACAGACUGUGCCUGCUGGAUGUUGGGUGUUUGCACCCGUGUAAACUUGAGAAGAU